UUUACUUCUACAAUAUAAAUUUAAUUUUUUUGACAAUUUAUUCAAACUACUAUAAUACUGAUCACAUAAAUUUAUAAAUUGCCACUACAACGUAGAGAAGACAUAUUCUCUACAUUGUGAAUGGUAGCAACUGUAGUAGCAUUAUCAUUUUUAAUGCUGAUAACCUGUGUGAGUUUUCUUCAGAGAUAGUAAGUAGUUUUCUUGGCUUUAUCACGAUUUACUUUUCUAAUUAACAGUAAGGUAAUAUUGAUAGAAAGUAAAUCUCUUAAUAAAAUUAUAUUCUUAUUAUUCAUUUUUCAUCUUAUUAACGUUAAAUAUGACUGAAAACGUUGAGGACUCAAAUGAUGAACAAGAGUUCAAAUUGGAACCUGAUAAUGAACUACGAUUUGAAGUUGAAAAUAAAAAUGAAACUGUUGUUUUAGAACUAAAAACUGGACUAGCAGAAAUAUUUGGUACUGAAUUAGUAAAAGGUAAAUCCUAUACAUUUCAUUUUGGAGCUAAAAUUGCUAUAUUCACAUGGCAAGGAUGUACAUUAAAAUUAUCUGGAAAAAAAGGAAUUAGCUAUAUUUCUAAGGAAACUCCUAUGAUGUUUUAUUUGAAUUGUCAUGCGUCAUUGGAGCAAUUAAGACAAAAAUCUGAACAAGAGAAAAAUCGUGGUCCAGUUACUAUGGUAGUUGGUCCAACAGAUGUUGGUAAAUCUACAUUAUGCAGAAUAUUGCUAAAUUAUACAGCAAGAAUGAAUGCUCUUGGUCGUAAACCUAUUUAUGUAGACUUAGAUCCGGGUCAAGGACAAAUUUCAGUACCUGGAACAAUUGGUGCAAUUAUGGUUGAAAGACCAGCUGAAGUAGAAGAGAACUUUUCCCAAGCUGCACCAUUAGUAUAUCAUUAUGGUCAUGCUAAUGUUAAUAGUAAUUCUACUUUAUACAACACUUUAGUAUCUCGUAUGGCAGAAGUUAUUCAUGAGCGAAUGGCGGACAAUCCCAGAAUUAAUAGUUCAGGAAUAAUUAUCAACACAUGUGGUUGGGUUAAAGGAAAAGGUUACCAGCAUUUGACACAUAUAGCUCUUGCUUUUGAGGUUGAUAUUAUUCUUGUAUUGGACCAGGAGCGUUUGUACAAUGAAUUAGUGAGAGAUAUGCCAGAAUUUGUAAAAGUUGUACUUUUACCUAAAAGUGGUGGAGUAGUUGAAAGAAGUUCCAAGUUUAGAUCUGAAGCAAGAGAAAUGCGUAUCCGUGAAUAUUUUUAUGGUACACCUAGAAAUGUAUUACACCCACAUACUUGUGAGGUAAAAUUUUCAGAAAUGAAGGUUUAUAAAAUUGGUUCUCCACCUAUACCAAAUACACUGAUGCCAUUAGAUAUGCAAAAGACUGAUUUUGAAACAAAACUUGAACCUGUCACUUUAGGCCCAAAUUUGGUGCAUCAUAUUUUAGCAUUAAGUUUUACUACCUCAAUUGAUGAAGAUGUUGUCAGAACUAGUGUUGCAGGAUUUGUGUGUGUGACAAAUGUUGAUACAACACGACAAGUAGUAACUCUGCUUUCUCCUCAGCCAAAACCACUUCCAGAAACACUUUUCCUCAUGUCAGAAGUACAAUUCAUGGAUAGCAGUUCUUGAAAAUCAUUUACCAUAAUUGUGUUAUUUCUUUAAUUUAUAUUUAAGAGAAAAUUAUUUCAAAUUAUAUAUUGUAAUUUUUUCUUAUAUAAAAAAUAUAUUUUAUUUUAUAUUACAUUAAAAAUCCAUAAAUAUUGUAUUAAUUAAAGCAUUUACUUUUGUAACAAAUUUGUGUAGCUCAAAAAUAAAUUACGACACUUUUUAAUAAA